AGGAGAGAGGGCGCCUUGGGACAUAAGGGUGAUCCAUUUUUUUCAUGGCGAAGAUGGAGGCCGGCUCGACUUUUGGAGCGGCGGAGGUUGAGGCGGCUGUUGUGACCUCAACGGCGGCGCCUAAUGCUCCGCCGACCCUUCCCACCUCCGUCGAGCUGCCUUCUUUUGAGGCUGUGCGAGCACUGGCUGAGAACCGCUACUCUUGCCUUGUGGUGGUGCAGCACCGGAGGCAUAUCGCGCUCCCGCCGCGCUUCUUGAAUCGCAAACGGACCGGGAUUUGCGCGCAGUUAGAUGCUGAACUGCGCCGCUACUCGGAUAGUUUUCAAGGAGUUCCUGUGGCUUAUAAUGCCAUUAAAAUAACUAAAGAACUGGGUGAUAUAAUUGAUGAUAUUGGGGCCAUCCACCUGGAUAUAGAAGCUACUUUUGUUGUCUUUCAGCCUAAGCCAGGAAAAAAACUUACGGGUAUAAUUAAUAAAGUGGCACCUAGCCAUAUUGGCUGUCUGGUUCAUGAAUGUUUCAAUGCUUCUAUCCCCAAACCAGAUCACAUAACAACAGAAGAAUGGAAAAACUUUGGUUUUCAAAUAGGUAUUAGACUGGUAUUUAAGGUGCUACAUUUUGAUUCAGAUUCUGCUGGAGUAUUCUGCAUUCGAGGAAAACUUUGUAAAAACAGUCUUGGAGAAGAGAUGCUGAAGGAAAAAUGCAAGAAAAAGUAUGAAAAACAUUGUGAUGUACAUAUUGGCUCAGAGGAGAUGGAAGUUGAUAUAUCAAGUGUUGGGAUAGAAGACAGAGAAAUGCAUAGUGGUGAUGAUGAAGAUGAUCAUGGUAUAUAUGAUAAGCCCGAGGCAGAGAAUGGGCAAGAUGGAGCAGAGGUGGGAAUGCAUGCCAGUGACUCCAGUGGUUAUCAUAGUGAUCAUGGCAAAUCUAAGAAAAAGAAAAGAAAAAUUUUUGAGGAGGAAAAUGGACAUUCUGGUCUGUUAAAAUCUAAAGCUAAAAAGAAGAGAAAAGAAUGAAAAUGUCUGAAUAAUACCAAUGUGCCUUACCUGUAUUUGGAACUCUUCUAGCAGUAAUAUUUUGAUAUUUUUAGCAUCUCUAAUUGAUGUCUAAAGAAUUCCAUUGUAGAUGCUGGACUUCAAUAAUGCCUAAAAUAAUAAAUAAUAUGAGAAAAGA